AUGAAAAAGAACCAACAAGAGAACGUGACGUCGCCCGGUAUGGUGAAACACCAGCCUCGCCUUCGCCCUCGCACACGUUGGGGACAUUAUCACCUUCAGAUAAGCGUGACUCAGAGCUGGACCUUUGAACCCAGAGACAGUUUCACACAGGUGGAGUCUGCUCUCACCUGCAGUUCCAGGAAAUCAGGCUGGGAUCGACGUCAGGAGCUGAAACACACUGCUGUGGGCCUUUUCCAGGUGGAGCCGUUGAACCUGACGAAGCUCCGUGGUUCUGAUGCCCAGUUCAACGCCACCGUGCAGGGCUCCUGGAAGAUCAUGACCUGGAACGUCCACGGGCUGCUGGUCCUCACCGUCGGUUUCGGAGGAGACGUCACCUCGUCGUCGGCCCAGUAUUCUGCCUCCUUCUGCAGGGUGGACAACAGCUGUGUGGAGUUCACCAUCCAUAACGUCAGCCGCUCUGACUCCGGCCCCGUGGUCUGCACCGUCCAGGGGGACUACGGCUCCAGGACCGCCCAGCUCCACGUUCAGGAGAGCGGUACCGUCACCGUCAUCGGAGGGAACGUGACAGCGAAGCAGGACGAGCAGGUGCAGUUUCAGUGUGAAACAUCUGCCUGGUUUCCGACACCCACGAUCAGCUGGACUCGAAACGGUCAAACUGUGAACAGCAGUCUGAUCAACACCACCAGCCUGGCCUCGGGGGAUUCCUUCAACUCCACCAGCGUCCUCAAGUUCCAGGCUGUCACUAACACCACCGUCACAUGUCUGGUGACCAUCCCAACACUAACAAACCCAGAAUCCAGCUCUGUCCACCUGGUGGUUGUCCCUAAGCCUCCUGAUUGGACGGUAUUGAUUGCCAUAGUGGUGUCGUUUUCAGCCGCCGCUCUGCUGGUUUUACUCAUCAUCGGCAUCAUCUUCUGCUACAAACGCAGGAAAGAAAAACAACCAAACUACCAGGAUGAAAUGAGUAAAAGAGUGAGGACACAAAGCCAGUUAAGUGCCGGUCCAGCAGGAACCAAACAGGGUCAAGUCAAUGCCGGAUACGUGAUCGACCCACAAACAAGCGCUGCUCCCAGUGAACACAACGACAGUGGAUUUUUCCAGACAAAUGGAUCCAAUCCGGUCGAGAUUUCUGUCAUUGGAAACAGUAACUGGAAUGAAAACGACUACAACAACGUGGACGAGUCCGGUUUCGUCAAACACAGACACGUCACCAUCGUCUAAAGAAACAUUUGGACAAAAUGAUGAGUAGAUGAGUUUUGAACAAAUGUAUAUAGUGAAGUUUUUUAUGUUUAGUGUACAGAGAUUAUAUAUGUCUGUGAAGAACAUGAAUGUACAGUUUAAUAUUCAUCUGUUUUAAG